AUGUGCCCAUCGUCUGAACUUCCGGGGGCAUUGUCUACCACCUUAGGUUGGGUGCUUUAUGGGCCCUAUGCUCGCCAUCGCAAGAAGACUAAACAUGUUUCCUUCUCACCUGACACUGUCAACAGUCGCGCUCAUCAGGGCUCUCGGCAGCGCGCCUCUCCCUCGUCUUCUGCAGGGUCAUCAUCUGCUGUACGUUCUCCGUCUUCUUCGCCGCCCAAAUCCCCCGUUUCAGUGAUCACCUAUCAAUCUUCCUCUGACAACACUAACUCUGACAUAAAAUCUCCUGCUGCUGCUGACCUUCAAACCAUGGAUAUGACCCCCUGGCAGCCGUCGGACCAGGAACUUGUCAACAUCGUUCGGCGCUUCUGGGAACUUGACAGGGUGCCUGACGUGCUUCCGCUGACCCCAGCCGAGAGGGAGUGUGAGAUGAUGUACUGCGCUGAUGUCACCCGUGACUCCAACGGAAGGUACACUGUCGGUUUGCCCUUGACGUCGUCUAGGCUGGGCACCUCCGUCAACGUGGCAACUAGACAAUUUAUUCGGCUCGAACAUCGUCUGGAUAAUAACCCUACCCUUCGUGUCGCUUAUCAUGAGUUCAUGCGAGAUUAUCUCGAGAGUGGCCAUAUGGAAUUGGUCCCUGAGUCUUCUGAUUGUCCGCGAUAUGAGCCAUAUUAUAUCCCUCACCAUCCCGUACAUCGUCCCGAUGAUCCUCCUGAUAAAAUUCGUGUAGUCUUCAAUGCCUCUUGUGCAUCCGCUAAUGGCAAAUCACUCAACGAUCUUCUGCUGACAGGUCCGAAGCUGCAAGCAGACAUUUCCACCCUCCUGCUUCGCUUUCGUCUAUAUCGCUUUGUCUUCACCGCCGACAUUAGGCAGAUGUACCGACAGAUCCUGAUACUCCCUGAGCAAAGGGACUAUCAACGUAUAGUCUGGCGUUUUAGCAAACACGAACCUCUCCAAUAUUAUCGUCUGAACACCGUCACGUAUGGAGUUUCUUCUGCUCCCUUCAUAGCACUUAGGACCCUUCGACAACUGGCUUCGGAUGACGGACCCAAGUUUCCUGCUGCUAGGCAAGUAUUGCUGGAUGAAAUUUAUGUUGAUGACAUCUUGACAGGCUGUUCAUCCGAGGCUGAAGCUCUCGAGUUGCGACAGCAAGUGCAGGAUCUGCUCAAGGCGGGCGGUUUCGAGCUACGCAAAUGGGCUACUAAUCAUCUUCCUCUGCUAGACGGUGUUCCGGCCGACCAUUGUAGAGAAUCCUCGUCCACUGACCCCCUUCUUCUCGAUCGUGAACCAGGUCUCAAGAUUCUGGGGCUUGGGUGGAACCCUUCAUCUGAUCACUUCUUCUAUUCUGUUCGGUCGACUUCAACGGCAAUCACCAAGCGAACUGUGCUGAGUCAGAUGGCUAAAAUCUUCGACCCUCUGGGAUGGUUAACUCCUGUUACCUUCUAUGCUAAAAUCUUCUUCCGUCAGCUCUGCCUACUCCAUCUGGAGUGGGACCAACCUCUUUCGAAUGAGGUUCAGCGCCCAUGGUUGCAAUUUCAGUCCCAGCUCCCCACUUUGUCAGAGCUUCACAUACCGUAA